AUGUCAACUAUCAUUGACAACAACACCCCUCUGAGUGUCAGUCGAAGGGCCUCUAACACCACUGUCUACUACAACUAUGAGGAUCCUAAGAAGGCCGCCAACUGCUCAGGGACCCUCUACCCUCCCCCCAAGCCUCCUUCUGGUCACAUCGCUGGUCUCCCCUCCGCUGGGCACCGCUCUACUCCUUCCAACACCUCAGCUGCUGUAUCAGAGCACUUUCACCAUGGAGGGUCUAGCACUAUGCCUGGCACCCCCAACCUGGCGGCGAGCACCAACAGCAGCUGUAUAAGCCCCUGUGUACAGGCCUCUCAACUUCCACAAGGCUCCACGGUUGAAUACUAUAGUCAAUCCCUAGGUCGUUGGAUCCCUGCGAAGGUGAUGUCGGUGAUCCCUCCUGAUGACCCUCGAGCUGGUGGCAGCAAGGUCGGCCUCGUCCAUCUAGACUGCAAACCCAUGGCUAGAGUUGAGCAGGUUCGCUAUGCUGGCCCCCCGGCUGGGAUGCCUCUCUACUCUGGUGGCCCUUUGUCGUCGGCGCCGACCCCCAACUUCAUCGACGUCCCGGCCGCCUUCUCGAUGUUCAACUCCUCUUCUCCCCCAUCCUUCAUCCCAGGGCCGUCAGUUGGCCCUCCAACUGUGCGGGUCAUGAGGACCACUACUAUUCCCACCGCCUACCGCCGUUCUUCGUACAUUACUAAGACCACCAGUAUGGCCUUCAAGAACCCCGGCAAAGCUGUCCAACUGAUCUCGUUUGACGGCGAUAAGCUCGUUGUGAACCCCGAGGCCCUUGCCCUCCUGGAGGCCCUCGGGCACGACAAGCAAGUGAGUGUCGUGACAGUAGUUGGUAUGUACCGGACGGGUAAGAGCUACCUCCUCAACAGGCUCGUCAGAGGUCCUGGUGGCUCCACCACUGUUAAUGAGGACCCACAGAAGGAGAAUAAGCUUCUGAACAAGUUGUUGAAACUGGGCAGGAAGAAAAAUGAUGCCGUGAAUCGACCUACUCCGGUUGUCUUCGAGACGGGCAACGAAGUGAAUGCCUGCACCCAAGGCAUAUGGAUGUACAUCUGCGAGGAGGAGCUCAAUGACAAGGUCGUCAUCUUCCUUGACUGUGAGGGUUUGGGCUCUACUGGUCGAGACAAGGCUUAUGACACUAAGCUCAUGGCCAUGGCCCUCCUUAUGAGCAGCGUAUUUAUAUAUAACUCUAAGGGUUGCCUGGACGAGGCGGCGUUCAACGGUCUAUCGCUUGUAUGCGAGCACGCUACGCAGCUCAUUAGGGAGUUCCAUACUGAGUUCGGUGGAGCGGCACCGGAGGGCGUCUUGUCUGCGUCCUUCCUGUGGAUCCUGAGAGACUUCGUAUUGGCAUUAGAGAACGAGAAUGGUGAGGCGAUAAGCUCGUCGGAGUAUCUUGAAAAUGCCCUGAGGUCUAAGGGCAAUAAAGAUAUAUCCAAAGCGAUCCUAGAGUGCUUCAUGGACAGGGAUUGUUACACACUGAUUCAACCUACGGUCAAUGAAGACAACCUCCAGAAGUUGGAUACGAUUCCUGAUGGCAAAUUGAGGAAGGAAUUCAUCGACCAAGUCCAGUCCCUGUGUGGUAAAGUAUGGACUAUGGCUGCCUCGAGAGCUGUGACUAUAAACAAGUAUGGAGGAGGGACUCCCUUCACCCCAGUUGCAUUGGCGGCUUACAUUAGAAAAUUGGCUGAGCAUGUGUCUAGCUCCUCUACCCUGGCGGGCUUCAGUCUCUCGUCAACUUGGGUUCAAGUCCAGCACGAGGCACUGGCCUCCUUGAUCGAUUCUCUGAGCCUGGCACAUGGGGGAGAGGUGGAUGCUAUGGUCGCUGAGCUGCCCAUGGCAACUCGCGAGCUGGAUGAUCGACUGGCUGCAGCGUUGAGAAGGGUGGAGAUUGAGUAUAGGAGGAAGGCCCUUGGUGAGCAAAGAAGCGUUCUGAGUCAACAACUGGGAUAUCUUCCAGGGGAGGAGUCUGAUCAACUUUACCAGCAGUAUCUCGACGAGCUCAUCCAAGGGGCGAAGGCUCAAGAAGGAAGGGUGUAUCCCCUAAAUGAUGAUAAGGCUCGGACCUCUGCUGAAGAAGUGGCAAUGAGGCUCGCUGAUGAGGUUAUGCCAGAGUUGGUACCGGGAUGGCCCUCGGAGGAGGGCGACUUGGACAUGGUCUUGUCGGAGUCAGCCAAGCGGUUGACGGAGAAGUUACGAUGGGUGUUGGAGGAAAUCAUGACCACCACUCGAGGGCCGAGGGGUGCGAGGCUCAUGGUCGCCGCUCACAAGAUCAUCGAGAUAAGUGGCCUCUUUGUGACUGAGUUGGACAGGAAGGCGGAAGGCAUUUCCCAUAAUGAGCACCUCACUAGGCAGCAGAGGGACGAGGCUCUCGCUGGUAUCGAUAAGCUCAAGAAGACCGCAUUGACGGACUUGACAGCCAAGGUGGCCGAGCUGGAGGAGGAGCUGACUAGGCGGGACAGGAGGGAGAAGGAGCUGUUGGGCCAAGUCGAGGGGAAGGACAGUGAAAUGGGGAGGCUGGCUGAUAGUGUCAGAAAUACUCUGAGCGAGAGGGAGUCUCAAUUGAAUGAGAAUUGGGAGGGCAAGGUGGAAGGGCUUGAGAAGCAAGUGGAGCAGCUGAUCAGAGAAAAGGAAGAGUUGGAGGACGCUCUAGCGAGUACGGAGGAGAGGAGAAGGGAGGCUCAGGACGGACAGGUUGAUUUUGAAUCCACCAAGAACAAUGAGAUCGAUAUGCUCACUGAGACCCUCAUUGACAAAACAGGGGAGAUCGCACGCCUGAACGAGGAGUUGGAGAAAGCCCGAGCAGAGCUAGGAAACGCUGAGACUGCCGUAAAGGAGGCUGAGCUUGCCCUCUUCACGAACGCUCGAGACAUGGCUGCUGAUCAUGACAAGAACAUUGCUGAGUGGAGGGAGAAAGUGGAGCAGCUGGAGGCUGAAAAUGUGGAAGUCCAGGCCAGGCUUCGAGAAGAGGUGGAGGGUCGCGAAAAGGCCAUCAGGGUCGUGUAUGAGGAGAAGGCAGCGGCUACUGAGGCGGCACAUGAGGCGAUGACUAGGCUGAGGGAGGAGAUCAAGGAGCUGAAGGAUAGAGUCGCUAGAGGCGGAGGGCCACGGUCUAAGCGCAAGUGCUUGCCGUUUUGUCGAUGAUAAUUAAAUUAGUAUCUUGAGGUUGAGCAUGCAAGAUGCAAAAUUGGUCGUAGUUGAUGAUAAGUUGUGACAGUAGGGUGAAGUUUAUUAUUCCUGUAAGGAUAUUGUCCAGAUCAUUCACUCAUUACGUACCGCUGCGUCGGCCUCCUCUGGCGCAUAGGCGGUUAGUAAUACUAGUAGUAUGCACGCUCUGGUCCAAGAAGUA